CGCUGUCUCUUUUUGCCGGGCGUCCCCGUCAUCGGCGUCGAGAGAGGAGAGACGUCUCGUCAAAUUUUGAUGGAAGGCCCCUGGUGGGGGAUAGAUGAGAUGCGUCUGUGGAGCUGAACAAAGUCGUUAUCUUCACAUGUGUUUUCCCGAAGACUCGCGAGAAAACGGAGCCAAAAAGCAGCACCGAGAACCCGGUCGCCAUAAAUUUCCCACAGCGCACUCGGUAUCACCGCAAAAAAGAAGCAACUCCAACCCACCUUGCAAAAAAAACUCUACUCGAUAACCACGGGAAAAAAACCACACCGACCGCUCGCGAAUUGUUCGAGCGGCUUUCCAGCACUCACUACGUAUGUGCACAUGUACACACACACACUCGAGUCCCAGCGGCACACACAUAUAUGCAUGUGUAUACAUGUAGAAAGAGAUCGGAUUAACGUGUGCGCGCCGGCGUCGAGUGCAUCGCGUGCGCCCGAGGAAUUACAUUAUAUCAUUUCCGAUGCACGAGUGCUCGCGCGCGCGCCAUUACACGUAUCAUUUAUUUACUCGUUAAGGACCCCAAGGCGACGCGACGUUUAUCUAUUAUUGGAGAUAAUGGCUCAGCGAGAGGAGAGGCAAAAAUCGGAGAGCGAUUUUGCGUACGAAGAGCGAGUAGUCUGCUGCAGGAGCUUGAUAAGAUUGCUUGGGGUUUACGAUUUUUCUGUGCUGUUAUACGUUAGUGGUUAUUAUAUCCCUUUUCCACGCAUCAAUAGACGUGCAUGUAUAGAUUUUAAUUUAAGGUCUCGUGAAAUUUCUUGAUUAUCGACGCUUUAAAAAAAUAUAUUCUGUUGAACUAUGUCGAGAACGGCCCAAGCGCAACAAUUGGUAGUUUUGGCAUGUUGUAUUACAAAAUAAUACAUAUGACCUUGGCUCGCAGAUUUGAAUGAGGGAAAUAAGAAAACGUCUUUGCACCACCUAUCUUCAUUGUUCAGGGAAACAAAGAGUUUAAGCAUAGUGGGGAUGGGCCAGCCCAAAACUGCUUUGCUUUGAUGUAUUGCGAUCCAGAGGUAUUAGGCAUGAAUCAUACACCCCAAAAGAAAUAUACCCCAACUUAUAUCACUUUUCACAUUUUUUUUUAGAAAUUUAUAAAUUUGUUGAGAUCGAACUCGAAAUCGAAAAGAAAGAUAAAAUAUUAUACCGUGUCUUUCGUAGAGUAGCAGAUCUCGUUAAUGCCACACCGCAGUUCACCCCAUACUACUGAUUUCGAAAAUUAUUGAAGAAUAAAUUUUCGAAAAUCAAUAAUCAUCUUCAACAGCAGCACCCCUGAUUCGUAUAUAAACUAAGAAAAAAACCAAUAACUCAACAAUCAUCGCAACCCCUCGAUAAGCCAAAAAAAAGCAAAACCACCCGCUCGCAAAAAAUGGUGGAGCCUCUAGACAACCACUGCUGCUACUACUCCCACGCAUUAUGCACACAUACUUACACACACAGUGGCGCCUGCGUAGAAGCACAGCGUAGCAUCGCGCAGACGCCAGGCGCCGCGACGCCUCUCCACCCCCUCGAGACCCCACCCCUUCCCAGACGAGAGCUGCUGGGCGACUUGUCUCUCUCUCUCUUUCUCUCUCCUUCGCGCCCCCGACAAUAAAGGCUCUCCCUCCAAGAGAGCGAGAGAGAGAGAGAGAACUCGCGCACGGCGCUGCUAUACUCUCGGCAUAGCAGCCUCUUCUCUUCUCUCUUAGCCGCUGCUCGGCUCGGCUCGCUUUUUUCCCGAUUGAUCGCUUCCUCGCCGUUGUGUGUGAUUUUUCCUCGCGGUUAUUUUACGAGAGUGCGUUUUUUCGUUCCGCGAGACGUGACGUGCGUGACAGAAGUACGCAGUACGCCGCCGACAGUGAAAACACUUGCUUACAGUUGUGCACACAAUACGAGACCGGCGUCCAUUUUUGUUUUGCGAGGGUGCCGUACUUUCACCUGUGAAACGAGCCGCUGUAAAAGUGUGUCCAACUCCCCCGAUGAUCAGCAGGAGACAAGAAGCGACAACGAUUCUCAGGUGAUCCGCUCCAAGUUUCUCUCCUGCAACGAUGAAGCACGAGUUUCAGCACCGUCCUCGCGAUCAUCAUCAGCCUUACCAGCAGUCUACCUCAGGCCCGUUAACAUCAGAAUGCUGAAGGAGGUUGGCUGCGGCGGAGGCACGCCACCAGCUGCGGACGGGGCUCGUGGCAACCCCGAGGCCGGUGGCGGCAACCACGACUCCUCGACGACGGUGUCGCAGCCCUCCUCGGGUCCGUCGCUUGCCUGCGGUGGCUGCGGACGCGAAAUCGCCGAGCGAUGGUACCUCAGGGCUGCAGAUAGGCCGUGGCACUGCGGCUGUCUCAGGUGCUGCCACUGCAGACUACCGUUGGCCGCUGAGCUCACCUGCUUCGCCAGGGAUGGAAAUAUUUACUGCAAGGAGGAUUACUAUAGGCUGUUCGCGGUGUCGAGGUGCUCGCGCUGUCGGGCCGGCAUAUCCGCGACGGAAUUGGUCAUGCGAGCCAGGGACCUGGUCUACCACGUGGCCUGUUUCACGUGUGCCUCCUGUGGCACGCCGCUCAACAAAGGCGACCAUUUCGGCCAGAGGGACGGACUCGUUUACUGCAGGCCGCACUACGAGCUAAUCUGCUGCGCGACGGACUACGGCAGUACCUCUGGUAGUGUCGAGGACCUCGGCUCUCCCGGAGUGUCGCCCUUGCCGGGUUACUACAGCGCGGCAGAGCAGAGCCCGAUAGCUGCCGGAGGAGGUGGCGGAGCUCAGAAGGGUCGGCCCAGGAAGAGGAAGCUGUCGGAAGUCACGGGCUCGGAACUGCCCGUGACGAUGAGACUAGCAGCAGGUGCACUUGAGUUGCUUCAUCCUACGGAGCUGUCCUCGUCGAUGGAGUCCUUGGCGGCUUACGACGCAUCGGUGGGUUCACCUGGUGGUCCUGUUCAUCAGAAUCAGAGGACCAAGCGCAUGCGCACGAGCUUCAAGCAUCACCAGCUCCGGACCAUGAAGAGCUAUUUCGCCAUUAAUCAGAAUCCCGACGCCAAGGAUCUCAAGCAACUCGCGCAGAAGACUGGCUUGUCGAAGAGGGUUCUGCAGGUCUGGUUCCAAAACGCCCGAGCAAAGUGGCGACGCAACAUGAUGCGCCAGGAAGGAGGUAACUCGGGGGGUGGUGGUGGCAGUGUAGGGGGUUGUCCUGGAACCCCAGCUUCUUCCAGUACCGGAGGUGGUUCCCCGGCCGGUUUGGGCGCCGGAGGCCCUGGUCUUCUCGCCGACAGCAAUAGUAUGCCCUCGACCUCAAUGGAGGAACUGCAUGCACUGCAUCACCUUCACUCGACCCAGGUCUCUUUCUCCGAUCUCUACUGACACCGAUUUCACGCCGACAAAGACUACGUUGGCUGAAGUGCGCGAAAAUCGUGGGCAGAGGAUUUAUAGGGUCGAAGUAGCUUUUUUUUGAAAAUUUUACGGAUGAUGAUUUUGUGGGUUUCAUUGUUUCAGGGAAUCACUACUGCUUCAUCGAAGCGUGGAAAAACUGUAGAUAAUCUUGUCAAGGGUGAAAUGAUGCAAAUUACGCGUGUUUCUUAAUUAUUGACACACAUCCGAUUAUGGACCAAAUUUCAAUUCUUCAAAUUUUUUUCUUUUUAAGAUAGAUACUUCUUCCUACGCUAAUGUUGCCCACUGUAUCCACAAAAAGAAAGAACCAAACGAAGACUGAGACAGCAAUGCCAGAGAUUUUUAUCACGAGUACGGCGAGGUUUGAUACCAUCAUCAGUAUUACUUGAACUCGAUUGGAGAUUUAAGAGAUUCUUGUAUAGUUUUGCCAAUCCGUGUCAAACUCAAUCUCUUAUUCCACUAUCAUUUUUUGCAGUUAAAUUUUAUUGAAAAUCGAGGAAAGAGCAUCGAAGCUAGGCACUGUUUAACAUUAACGUACUCUCUUCGCAGAGUCAAAGUGAUGAUGAAUAUAGUUCCAUGCAUAUCCGAAUUACCAAAGGCUUAGGUGAUAGUUUUUCGUAUAUAAAUAUAAUAAGAGUACGAUGCCACGCAGUCGGCGCGGCAGUGUAGAUACUUUUCUAAUCAUCAUGGAUUUUUUAGCAAUGUGCCAACUUGAAAGAGGACGAAUUAGUAUAACAAUUAAUUAUAUACAUAGAGUGUGCGUGUACGGAAAGCAAACAAAAUUGUAGUGUUCGUGCAUGCUGUUUAACUGUAGUGGGCCAAAAACGUGCAAGGUAUGUACAUCGAAAAAGGUAUGGAGAGGAGCGCGCGUAUAAUCUGAUUUAUCGAUGUCGGCGUCUUGUAAAUAUUAGCGAACAUCAUAGAUGACUAAAUGCUUACAUGCAGCUUCGUGCGACCGUCGCCCGUUUGCUAUCAUUCCUAAUAUACCUUACGUUCAGUCGCAUAAUUCUUUUUGGCGAAAUUUAUUCGAAUCGAAUGUGAAUAAAUUAGUGUAACUCUCCGUUAGUAUAAAUGUUUUUAGUAUAUAAGGGUGGAUUUGUAAAAUAUUGUAGCGCGAUGCAAUAUAACCAAUUAUUUCGAAUUUGAAAAAUUUAUUUAUUGUCGAUAUGGCAUAGUGGAGUCGAUGCAGACUUUUUGAAGAUUAUACUUUGUGCAUUACUAACGUUACAUGUUAUAGAUCAGGAAUACGUGGCAGAGCAAAUAUUGCUACAAUGCUAAAAUAAAGGUAUUCAGAACAUGGAA